AUGGUGGUAACAUCCUGCGAGAGCGCUCGCCUCUUCUCCUCAUCAUUUGACCCCAUCCUCCCAUUUCCAGUUGACCUGAAUGAAUUGGUAGGACCUGGAGCCUCAGUGCACGUCCACAAAGGCCGCAGCGGCCGCGCGCGCCAGCCGCCGGGGAGCGAGCGAGCGAGCGAGCGAGCCCGGGAGGAGGCGGCCGGAGCGAGCGAGGAGCCGCGCGUGUGGCGAGAGGGGAAGCCGCCGCCGCCGCCGCCGCCCCCCCACCCCCCCCCCGCCGCCCGUCGCCUGCCCUUCGCGCCUCCCCGCCCGCCCCCCCGCGGGAGCAGCACCGUGUCGGCGCCGGCGGCCAAAGUCAGUAAACAGGAGCUCAACUCCAACCACGACGGGGCCGACGAGACCUCAGAAAAAGAGCAGCAGGAAGCGAUUGAACAUAUUGAUGAAGUACAAAAUGAAAUAGACAGACUUAAUGAGCAAGCCAGUGAGGAGAUUUUGAAAGUAGAACAGAAGUAUAACAAACUCCGCCAACCAUUUUUUCAGAAGAGGUCGGAAUUGAUCGCCCAAAUCCCCAACUUUUGGGUAACAACAUUUGUCAACCAUCCACAAGUGUCUGCGCUGCUUGGGGAGGAGGAUGAAGAGGCGCUGCAUUAUUUGACAAGAGUUGAAGUGACAGAAUUUGAAGAUAUUAAAUCAGGUUACAGAAUAGAUUUUUAUUUUGAUGAAAACCCUUACUUUGAAAAUAAAGUUCUCUCCAAAGAAUUUCAUCUGAAUGAGAGUGGUGAUCCAUCUUCAAAGGCCACUGAAAUCAAAUGGAAAUCUGGAAAGGAUUUGACGAAACGCUCAAGUCAAACACAGAAUAAAGCCAGCAGGAAGAGACAGCAUGAGGAACCCGAGAGCUUCUUCACUUGGUUCACUGACCAUUCGGAUGCUGGUGCAGAUGAGCUCGGCGAGGUCAUCAACGACGACAUUUGGCCAAACCCAUUGCAGUACUACUUGGUUCCUGACAUGGAUGAUGAAGAAGGGGAAGGAGAAGAAGAUGACGACGAUGAUGAAGAGGAAGAAGGAUUGGAAGAUAUUGAUGAAGAAGGGGAUGAAGAUGAAGGUGAAGAAGAUGAAGAUGACGACGAGGGAGAGGAAGGAGAGGAGGAUGAAGGAGAAGAUGACUAACGGAACACUGACGGAUUCCAAUCUUUUUUAAUUUUCUCCAAUCCCUGGGAGCAAGAUGCAGUCUUUUUUCUUUUCUCUCCCCCUCCCCUAGCCCUGCCCCGCCCCUC